UAAACACCAUCUCCAAAGUAUUCCAUAAAAUUCACCUUCUUCAACUUUCUCUUUCUUACCAUUUCUUUGUCACCUUUCAGAUCCCUCUUCUUCUUCUUCUUCAACAUGAACCCCAAAUCUCCUAUGCAAUUGCUCCUUAUCCUUCUUCUGGCCCUUUCUUUUGUUAUGUCUUCUGCUGCUGUGCAAACCAGAAGGUUUUUGCCAAACAAAGAAAAUCUCUCAGCCCAAAUUUCAUCAGAUAAGGGUGUUGAGGAAUUGAGAAGUGGAGAAGAUUUGUUUGAUCUAGCAGAAGAGUUUAUGGAGAGAAGGAUUGAUUUUGAAAAUAAUGAUUAUCCAGGGACUGGAGCAAACAACAGGCAUGAUCCAAAGACACCAGGAACACCUUGAGCAAAUGCAUAAACUUUCUGUAGAUUUUAAGGCCUCAGAGAAUGAGUGCUAUAAAAUCUUCUAUGGGAUUUUGAAUACUGUUAAUUAUUGCUGCUAGCUGAUAGAAUAUUCCUUUCAUCCCCGAUAUUUUUGUGCAGGAGAAUGUGUCAGUCUUUGGUUUUUGCUUUGGCUAAAUCUGUACACUUUAGAGCUCAAGCAAAUAGUAGCAAAAAUUCCAAAUCUCUUAAACACUUGUAUUGUUUACAUAGUAAAAUUAGGAGAUUAAUAAAUGGUAUUUUUCUAUUUA